AUGGUUCAAAUUAGGGAAAUAUCUUCAUUCAAGUUACAUCAACGUCCUGCUUAUUGUAAAUAUCUUGAAAGUAUUUCUUCAGUAAUUGUUUCAACCUACCAAUUAGAAAAUUCUCAAGAUCGUAGUGGAUCAUUUAUAUUUUUUAAUAAUCAACUUGAAAAAAUAAAAGAAAUCAAAACAGAAGCGGGAAUUUUUAGAUUUAGUGUUGAUAAAUUUAAAAGUAAUUAUAUUUUGGCAUCUCUAACAAAUGGCAAAUUAGGAUCUAUUAAUGUUAAAAAUAAUGAUAUUAUUUAUAGUAAUAAAUUAAGUGAUGAUAACUUAGGAACAGUAUUUAUUAUUGAUGGCGAUAAGGAAUAUAAUAUUAUAGAAAAUAAAGUUGUACAUUUGUUACCAUUUGUUAAAUCACCUUGUGAAGUAUGGUCAUGUGGUUUUAUAAAAUUAAAUGAUGGAAAUAUUUUUGGAACUGGUGGUGAUGAUGGAUCUUUAAAAAUUUGGGAUAAAAGACAAGGUUUAAAUGAGUGUAUUGAUAAAUUUGUAACAACUGAUAAUAGUGGGAUAACUUUUAUAUCUCAUUCCAUAUAUCAUGAAAAUGAAUAUAUUGUUUGUAGUUAUGAUGAAAAUUUUAGAAUAUUUGACAUACGAAAUAUGAAAGAACCAAAAAAUUUAUUAAAACUUAAUGGAGGAAUUUGGUAUGUAGAAGAACAUAUUAAAAAUAAUAUUCAACAAUUUUAUACCUCUUGUAUGUAUGGUGGUUGGAGUUUAAUUGAAAAUAAGGAUAAUAUUUUAUCUUUAAAAAUUAAAAAUGAUAAUCAUGGUAAGGAUUUAUUAUAUGGUGUAACUAAAAUAGAUGAUUUUAAUGUUGUUAAUUGUACAUUUAAUGAUUUUACAGUUCGCCUAGAAACUUUACAAUAA